UGCGGGGUGCUUGUUUUUCUGACGGACGGAAUACGGGUGCCGGCCGGGCUCUCGCGGAAGUCCAUGCGCCAUUGGGAGGGCCGCAGUGGCUGCUCUGUGCCCUUGUUGCCGAGGGCUUCUUCCUGGGUCAUUCCUGGAGCAAGGGCCGGACGGGGGCUGACACCCGGGCUGCCGCGUGGCCCUGUCGGCGCCUGUGUGACUUCCUCGCCGGCGGGAUGUGGCGACUACGCCGGGCCGCCGUGGCCUGUGAGGUCUGCCAAUCCUUAGUGAAACGUAGCUCUGGAAUCAAAGGAAGCUUACCACUACAAAAACUGCAUCUGGUUUCAAGAAGUAUUUAUCAUUCACAUCAUCCUACCUUAAAGCUUCAAAGACCCCAAUUCAGGACAUCAUUUCAUCAGUUCUCCUCUCUAACUAACCUUCCCUUACGUAAAUUGAAACUUUCUCCAAUUAAAUAUGGCUACCAGCCACGCAGGAAUUUUUGGCCAGCGAGAUUAGCUGCAAGACUCUUAAAACUUCGAUAUCUCAUACUAGGAUCUGCUGUUGGGGGUGGCUAUACAGCCAAAAAGACUUUUGAUCAGUGGAAAGAUAUGAUACCUGACCUUAGUGACUAUAAAUGGAUUGUACCUGACAUAGUGUGGGAGAUUGAUGAGUACAUCGAUUUAGAUUCACAGCCGUGGAAUUGUAGAAAAGCUGUGGUUUCAAGACCAUUGAUACCCAUUUCUGUCAGGGUGACAGACAAAGAGAAAAUUGACCAGCUUCAAGAAGAACUUCUGCAUACUCAGUUAAAGUACCAGAGGAUCUUGGAACGGUUAGAAAAAGAGAACAAAGAAUUAAGAAAAUUAGUAUUGCAGAAAGAUGACAAAGGCAUCCAUCACAGAAAACUUAAGGUGGAAGGGAUAGCAGUUGCUUUCCAUUUAAUUACUUCUUGGUGUUAG